CAAAUAUCUCCCAGUAGUAAAAUGGAUCUAGAGGCUUUUAGUCUUAUAAUGUUUCCCCCGUCUCUAAUAUUUAUAUAAAAAUAUUAAAACUGUCUGGAGCAUAACAUUCCAUACUAAAUGAAUCUUCCAUCUUGGUUCCCUUUUAGCUGCUUCUCAUCAAACAGCUGAACUAAUUAAGCUCAAUUAGUCAGCAGUGAGAGGCCAGAGAUGUGUGCUAAUAUCAGCACAAUGACCCUGUGCUGUCUUACUAACUCGGAGUCUGACAGCCAGCUCAUUCCUGCCCUGACUGCCCGUUGCUAACCUCUUCUCCAUGGUUUCAGUCACACCACUGCUCCUGUUGGUUUUUGCCUCUUCUUUGGCGUGAAGCCCCUGUGCCUAUGAUUAGUGAAGUCUUUGUGAGACAGCAGACAGUUUUGCUUAUUUGUCUGCAAACCCCCACCCCAAUUUUGUAUGAACAUGAGCAAGGCGAAGUCAAGUAGGGACCGAAGGAUCGCUCUGCCCGUCGUCACAAGGGUGACUCGCAGUUCCAUCAACCCUCAGGACUCUCGGCGCUCUAAACCCACAGAUUCAGGCCUGGUGGACGACCUCAGCCUCAUGAGCGUGAGUGAACAGCAGGCCUCAUUAGCACGGAAAGGGAAGUCCUACCAGAGUUCAUCUCCCAGCACUAAGGCCGUUCUCUCCUCCUCACCUUCUGGCAGCUCUGUCCCGCGCGGGGCUUUGGAAACUAUCGGCCGGCUGAUGAAGCUAGGCCGGGUUCGAAACAUUGUGGUGGUUGCUGGAGCAGGUAUCAGCACAGGCAGCGGUAUACCAGACUUCAGGACGCCAGGAACAGGUCUUUAUGCGAACCUUGCGAAGUAUGACAUCCCUUAUCCAGAGGCCAUCUUUAACAUCGACUACUUCUCUGACAACCCUCAUCCUUUCUUCUCAUUGGCUAAAGAGCUGUACCCUGGACACCACCGUCCAAACUAUGUUCACUAUUUCAUCCGUAUGCUGCAUCAGAAGGGCCUGCUGCUCCGCAUGUACACUCAGAACAUCGAUGGGCUCGAAAAACUGUGCGGUAUCCCAGAUGACAAACUUGUGGAGGCUCAUGGGAGUUUUGCCACUGCUGCCUGCCACCUCUGCUAUACGCCUUAUCCUGCCGAGGAAGCCAAGCAAGCUAUAAUGAACGGCAACGUUCCCAUCUGUACAUUUUGUGCUGGGGCAGUCAAACCUAACGUUGUGUUCUUUGGAGAAGAUCUGCCAGAAAAGUACUUUCAACAUGCUCAAGAUUUCCCAAAAGCUGACCUUCUCAUGAUCAUGGGCACUUCUUUAAAGAUCGAGCCGUUUGCCAGCCUGGUCAACACCGUGAAGUCUACAGUGCCUCGUCUGCUGCUGAACCGUGAUCCAGUUGGACCCUUUGAACGCAGGCCCCUGAGGAGGGCUGACUACAUGGAGCUGGGAGAUCUUUCUGAUUCGGUCCAAAAGCUUGCAGAGAUCCUGGGAUGGCAUUCUGAGAUUCAAGACCUGAUGAACAGCCAUGAAACUGGGCUUUGUUCUUAUACUGACCCCAGCAAUAGCAGCGGUGAGAACAGUGACUCUUCAGAGACUGACAGCAUGCACUAAUGUCAUCUACAGGCUUUGUACGUUUAAAAUCACGGACUAUGGCAAUGGACACCUAGCAAGGCUUCAAAACCCACAGUGAUGUUUAUGUAUAUAUCCUUACAUGUGAAUAUUUUAGGAUAUCAAUGUUCUUACCAGUAGUAACAGCCAGUUUGACUGUAUCUGGGCAGUCUUUUCCUAAAACAGAUAAACGCAGCCUUGUUUGAUCACACAGUGAAACUUGGCCGUGUUUCUGGUGGGAUUAGACUACAUUUUUGUUGGGUUUAUAAUAAUUAUCUGCAUAAUGUCUGCUGCUCAUUUUGACUGAAAACCUGCUUCUGAAUUCCUUAUAAAUUCUAGCACUUAUACUCUUUAUGGAAAGCCGUAAUGAAUAAGCAGCGAACUGUAAUUACAUCACAUCUGCACAUCCUGAUUCAAAUAUAAGGACCUGUUUAGAAUGCAAAAUUUCUGCUUUUUAAGGUAAAAUAAGUUUUUAUCAUACCCUGAAAUGUGGGACUUUAGUUAGUUUAGGACCACUAUGAACAAAUAAAAUGUGUUAUAAGGCUCCUUUAGCAUUCUACAAACUAUAUUCAAACCGUUUUUUAUGUAAAUGUGUAUGUCUAUAUAUUUGUUUGCUAGUUGUAAGUCAUUUUGGUAUCCAAUGAGUCAGUUUGGCCCCAGCGAGUGAACUGUGCUAAAUUAGCAUGGGAGGCAUGACCUCCCAAGUGUGCAGUGCCCCCACUGUGUGUUUUCACAGGCACUGCAGCUUCCAAGCAGGAGCUCCAACCCCUCCAAAACUCUAAUAAAUGUCUUUGGUCGACAACAAAGAACCCCAAUAUCCUGCUGCUGUGUGUAUGUGUGAGGUUCUGUGUAUGAGAACGGCUGUGAGCGCAAUUUGAUUUUGCACAGGAUCAGUGAAGUAGCUGGUAAUUACCACACUGCUGUGAUCAUAUCGGUUCAUGUCCCUCAGGGAUUUUGGCACAUUGAGAAAUAUGGGUGAAAAGCCAGAAUGACUGUUAAAUGUUUGUCCAUUUUCGUUUCUUUAUUCAUAUAUGCUGGUUGCCAUGUUUGUUUUGUUGAAGCCUGUUUACCAGCUGUCUUUUAGAUUCAUGGAAUGAUUUUGUUAAAAAGGGGACUGUGUUGCCUCUCCAGUUAAAGCUUGCAUUUGUUGUUAACAUUCUCACCAUUUGUACUUCUGAAUAUUAAAAUGCUGCUUUUUUUUAAUAUAUCUUGCUAUUAAAGAUUUCACCUUAUGGUAUUUAAUACAUAUUCAUGGCUUUGUCUCCAGUUUUGUUCCUCUUAUUUACAAAUAUUGUUAAACUAUGGAGUAUUCAAUUGUAUUCAAAUGUUUUUUCAUUGAAAGCAAAUUUCACACUGGAUUUGGAUACAAGUCAUCUUAGUGAAUCAGCAGUUGGAUUCAAUAUGGAAUACAACUAUUUGAUCAUGUUUAAAAAAAAAAGUCUUUCUCCCCUAAUGGUCAUUUUUAUAAUCUUGCAGUAAUCACACUAGGGUUAGUGAUGUUAAAUUAGCAUUUUUAUAUUCACAACCAAAAUUACAAAAUAAAUUGAAAUGUUUCUGCAUGCAAUAAGUGAAUUACGCUACUAGUUUUCUUUUUAAUUUAUUGCAAACGUUUGAAAUGAAGAAAAUUUUAUUUCCUGAAUUUUUUUUUUUUUUUUUUUUUUACAUUUUUAAAACAAAGCCCAUUUCUUCUGAUUUUACAGUGGUUUUAGAAGAGGAGUACUGGGCCUUGUGAAAUAUUCACAAGCUUUUAAAUCAAAGAUAGUAACCAGAAAUCCUUAGAAAACCUGAAUUUAAUUACAUUGUUUUGUGUAAAAACCUAACAAUCAUUAGAAAAAAAGAACAUGCCACCUCUAAUAACAUUGAAAAAAAAAAAAAAAAAA